AUGCCUCACGAGGAUACCAGCGCCGCUGUCGCCAGCCUCCUCUCCAACCUCGCCAAAUCCUAUGGACCUACCGACGAACAAUCCUUUCCAGCCAAAGUGAUCGCCAAUGGUGCUAAGAGUGCGAAAAUUUCGCUCCCUGGCGAUGAUACUGUGGGGAAGCGGACAUUAGAGCGCGAGUUGGCGGCAUUGGCUGCCCGCAUACAGUCGUUAGAAGGACGAGCGACGUCGGGCACUGCUUCACUACCCAUUACGCCCAAUGAACCUCUCGCAUCAGCAUUCUCCGAUGCACCCUCCUCAUCAAAGGCAGCAAUUCAAGCCGCACCAAGGCAGCGAUCAGCCUCGUGGGUUCAGAACCUCCUCGGCAAGAGCGAUGGCGAACAGCGGACACGGCAGCUCACGGAAGAGCAACUCACAGUCUUACGAGAGCACAUCGACCAACAGGCGCAAGAGAUCAAGGGCCAGAAGGACUUCAUAGAUGGCAUCAAGUCGCAGCUCACGACUCAGCAGAGCGCAACGAAAGCAGCAUUGGACACCCUCGGUAACUCUUCAUCGAUAGAGCAGCUGAAGCGGGAGAUAGAGAAGAACGCUCAAAUCAAUGCUACGUACCAGAAGGUGCUACGUGAAAUCGGCACAAUCAUCACGGCGGUUGCGAAUGGUGAUCUGAGCAAGAAAGUGCUCAUCCACGUCACCGAGAAGGACCCAGAGAUUGCUCGCUUCAAGCACACGAUCAACCGGAUGGUAGACCAGUUGCAGGAGUUUGCAAGUCAGGUCACGCAUUUGGCGAAGGAUGUAGGCACUGAGGGUCGACUGGGCGGACAGGCUGUUGUUCCUGGUGUGGAUGGCAUCUGGGCGGAGCUCACGCAGAAUGUAAACGUCAUGGCCCAGAACUUGACCGACCAAGUACGAGAGAUCGCGGUUGUCACGACUGCCGUAGCACAAGGUGAUCUUAGCCGCAAGAUUGAACGCCCCGCGAAGGGUGAGAUUUUGCAGCUGCAACAGACGAUCAACGCCAUGGUUGAGCAAUUACGCACAUUCGCCACCGAAGUAACCCGAGUAUCUCGAGAUGUCGGCAUCGAAGGUGUCCUCGGCGGUCAAGCGCAGAUUGAUGGUGUGCAGGGCAUGUGGAAAGACCUGACCGAGAACGUGAAUGCCAUGGCCAAUAAUCUAACAGCACAAGUACGAGACAUUGCUGAAGUAACGACUUCAGUUGCCAAGGGCGAUCUUACACAGAAAGUCAAGGCGCAGUGCAAGGGUGAGAUCCUGGAGUUGAAGGAGACCAUCAAUGCUAUGGUCGAUCAAUUACGACAAUUUGCACAUCAAGUGACCAGAAUUGCUCGCGAGGUCGGAACAGAAGGACGGUUAGGUGGUCAAGCGACCGUGCACGGCGUCGAAGGGACCUGGAAAGAUCUGACCGAGAACGUGAACGGGAUGGCCAACAAUCUCACAACUCAGGUCCGUGAGAUUGCCGAAGUCACCACCGCCGUGGCCAAGGGCGACUUGAGCAAGAAGGUCGAGGCCGAAGUCCAAGGCGAGAUCUUGGCUUUGAAGAACACCAUCAACGAGAUGGUGGACCGUCUCCGGACAUUCGCGUUUGAGGUUAGUAAGGUCGCGCGAGAAGUCGGCACUGAGGGUACACUUGGAGGACAAGCUGAGGUCAACAACGUCGAAGGCAAAUGGAAGGAUUUGACUGACAAUGUCAACACCAUGGCCAACAACUUGACGGGUCAGGUGCGAAGUAUCUCGGAUGUUACGCAGGCUAUUGCGCGAGGAGACAUGACCCAGCGGAUUACGGUGCAUGCUCAAGGAGAGAUUCAACUUCUGAAGGACACCAUUAACGACAUGGUGACGAGACUUGAUGCGUGGUCGUUGGCUGUGAAGCGAGUGGCGCGGGACGUGGGUGUAGAUGGCAAAAUGGGAGGCCAAGCAGAAGUCGAGGGCAUCACCGGACGAUGGAAGGAGAUUACAACCGACGUGAACAUAAUGGCUCAGAACUUGACCUCGCAAGUCCGAGCAUUUGGCGACAUCUCGAACGCCGCCAUGGAAGGCAACUUUUCGAAGAUGAUCACGGUGGAGGCGUCUGGUGAGAUGAACGAACUCAAGAAUCGCAUCAAUAAGAUGGUGUCGCGUUUGAGGGAGAGUAUUCAACGAAACAACCAGGCUAGAGAAGCGGCUGAGCUAGCGAAUAAGACGAAGUCGGAGUUCCUGGCCAAUAUGUCGCAUGAGAUUCGGACACCCAUGAAUGGUAUUAUCGGCAUGACUCAGCUAACGCUCGACACGGAGCUGGAACAGAAUCAGCGGGAUAUGCUAAACAUUGUGUUCUCGCUUGCGAACAGCUUACUCACGAUCAUUGACGACAUUUUGGAUAUCUCGAAGAUCGAAGCCAACAGGAUGAUACUGGAGGAAGAGCCGUUCUCGCUACGAGGACUGGUAUUCAACAGUCUGAAGUCGUUAGCGGUGAAAGCGAACGAAAAGGACAUCAGCUUGGUCUACGACACGGACAGUUCAAUAUUGGAUUACAUCGUUGGCGACUCGUUCCGAUUACGACAAAUCAUCCUCAACCUUGCUGGCAACGCCGUGAAGUUCACUGAACACGGCGAGGUCCGCGUGAAGAUCGCCGCAGAUCCUACGGUCAAAUGCGCUGAGAACGAAGUGGUCAUCAAGUUCGCCGUGAGCGAUACUGGAAUAGGUAUCCACCACAACAAGCUCGAUCUCAUCUUCGACACCUUCCAGCAAGCCGAUGGCUCCACGACCCGUAAAUUUGGUGGCACUGGUCUUGGCUUGUCUAUCUCGAGAAGGCUUGUGACGUUGAUGCGAGGGAGGAUGUGGGUUGAGUCGACCUACGGUUCUGGCAGUACAUUCUUCUUCACUUGCAUUUUCAGUUUGGGGCAUACAGAUGUGGCGAAGAUCAUGCCGCAAUUGCAGCAAUAUCGGAAGCACAAAGUCCUUUUCGUCGAUCAUGGAGAGACCGGCUGUGCUGGCGAGAUUACGGAUAGCAUUCGCACGUUAGAUCUGGUUCCUUGUGUCGUUGGCAACAGUGGAGCACGUGCGUCACCUAUGCUUCAAGAUGGAUCGUACGACUGUGUCGUGAUUGAUCAGAUAUCGACCGCGCAGAAGCUUCGAAGCAUGGAACGUUUCAAGUAUAUCCCGAUUGUUAUGGUCGCACCAGCGAUCUCGGUCAAUUUCAAGACAGCACUGGAGAACGGCAUCUCGAGCUAUAUGACGACGCCUUGCCUACCUAUCGACCUUGGCAACGCCCUAAUACCCGCACUGGAAGGCCGAGCGGCGCCAAUAUCGGCAGAUCACUCACGGACAUUCGACAUUCUGCUCGCCGAAGACAAUGCUGUGAACCAGAAGCUAGCCGUCAAGAUCCUGACCAAGCACAACCACAAAGUCACAGUAGCGAACAAUGGCCUGGAAGCGCUCGAGGCUAUCAAGAUCCGCCGCUUCGAUGUUGUGCUGAUGGAUGUCCAAAUGCCCAUCAUGGGCGGCUUCGAAGCCACGGCCAAGAUUCGGGAGUACGAACAAGAACAUGACCUCGCCCGCUCGCCCAUCAUCGCCUUGACCGCCCACGCCAUGCUGGGCGAUCGAGAAAAGUGUAUCCAAGCCCAAAUGGACGAGUAUCUCUCCAAACCGCUGAAGCCUAAUCAGCUCAUCCAGACGAUACUCAAGUGUGCUACCCUAGGUGGUGCGCUUCUGGAGCGGAGGAAUGAUGGUCGAGGCACGCUGGCCGCUGAUUUGGAAGGUGAGAGUUCGGGAGGCGUUUCGAGGCUGUUGUCUCCCAAGCGGCCUGGGCUGGCGGACAGGGGAUAUACUGAGGGUAAUCCGGCGGGGAUGGAAAGUCCGGCUAUCGUUACGGCGGACCAGGAGGAUCCUAUGAAUCAGAGGGAGAUGUUGAUGCGCGCGCACAGCAGUUGA